GAGAAAGCAAAAAAGAAAAAGAAGGUACAGCACGAAUUCGUCUUCCUUGUUUGUGCGUACGUAGAAAUUACUAUAUUUAAUUACAGAAAGGGAAGUAGGAAAAAGGUGAAUUUGCUGCGAAUUUGAUCUAUGGCGCUGUCGAGGCUACGGCAUCCGGUGAUCUCGCGUGCUCCGUCUCUCAUCAGAGCUCGCUUCCUCUCUCUCUCAUCUGCUCAUUCAUUUCUCAAUCGUUCAAGGGGGCUGGAUUCAAGUCCUGAAGUUGCAGAGACGUUGUUAAGGCCAACAUCAUUUCCAUUAGUUAAUGGCAUUCAUGGUGAUUCUUCUAAGAAAAAGUUCAAUAUCGGUAUCCGCUCCUUUUCGUCUGCUGAGAUGCCUGAGCAUACAGUGCUUCAAAUGCCAGCUUUGUCACCUACAAUGAGUCAAGGUAAUAUUGUGAAGUGGAUGAAGAAAGAGGGAGAUAAGAUUGAAGUGGGGGAUGUGCUUUGUGAAAUCGAGACAGACAAAGCCACUGUGGAGUUUGAAUCUCUUGAAGAAGGGUUUCUGGCCAAGAUACUGGUGCCUGAAGGUUCAAAGGAUGUUCCUGUGGGACAGUCUAUAGCUAUUACAGUUGAGGAUCGAGAUGAUAUAGGUAGCAUUCCUGCAACUGUAAGUGGGACAGAAGCUGCAGAUAAAACUUCCACUGAACCAGCAGCGAAACAUGGAGACAACACACAGGAGUCGAGCUCUGUGAACAUCAACACAUCUGAACUUCCUCCUCACAUUGUCCUUGAAAUGCCAGCACUAUCGCCUACCAUGAACCAGGGUAAUAUUGCAAAAUGGAUGAAAAAAGAAGGUGAUAAGAUUGAGGUUGGUGAUGUUAUUUGUGAAAUUGAAACAGACAAAGCAACGGUUGAAUAUGAAUGUCUUGAAGAAGGGUUUUUGGCAAAGAUUUUGGCUCCAGAAGGAUCAAGAGAUGUGGCUGUGGGUCAGCCCAUUGCUAUAACUGUUGAGGAUAGUAAUGACCUUGAAGCUGUAAGAACAUCUGUAAGCACGGAUGUGAAGACCAAAAACGAAAAGCCAGUUCAGAAAAUUGCGAAGGAUGUCAAAACUCAAAAGACAAAUUUUAGUCGGAUUAGUCCUGCUGCCAAGAUGCUAAUUUCUGAACAUGGGUUAGAUGCAUCGUCAAUAACAUCAUCUGGUCCCCGCGGUACUUUGUUGAAGGGGGACGUUUUGGCUGCAAUAAAGUCUGGGAAAGUAUCCAAAGUAUCUGGACCUAAGGAGAAGACUUCAUCACCUUCAGUUCAUCCUCAGACUUCUUCCUCCCUACCAGCGGGAUCAAAAUCUGAUGUACAGGAUGUUGCUUAUGAAGAUCUGCCAAACAGUCAAAUUCGCAAGGUCAUAGCAGCACGCUUAUUGGAAUCAAAACAAUACACUCCUCAUUUGUAUCUAUCGACAGAUGUUAUACUGGAUCCUCUUCUCUUAUUCAGAAAGGAGCUUAAAGCAAAAUAUGACGUCAAAGUCUCAGUAAAUGAUAUCGUGAUCAAAGCGGUUGCUAUUGCAUUGAGAAAUGUUCCAGAAGCAAAUGCUUAUUGGGAUGCCAGCAAAGGGGAAAUGGUUUUAUGCGAUUCAGUUGACAUAUCUAUUGCAGUUGCUACUGAGAAGGGAUUGAUGACUCCAAUUGUAAGAAAUGCGGAUCAGAAGUCCAUAUCAUCAAUAUCCUUAGAGGUUAAAGAACUUGCUGAAAAGGCACGGGCAGGGAAGCUCAAGCCAAACGAGUUCCAAGGCGGCACUUUCAGCAUUUCGAACUUGGGGAUGUUUCCUGUUGAUAACUUUUGUGCAAUUAUAAACCCACCUCAGGCCGGUAUUCUUGCUGUUGGCCGGGGCAAUCAAGUUGUAGAACCAGCUAUCGGAGAUGAUGGGAUUGAGAAGCCCGCUGUUGUUACAAAGAUGAAUUUAACACUGUCUGCUGACCAUCGUGUCUUUGAUGGCAAAGUUGGAGGCGCUUUCGUGGCAGCACUACAAUCCAACUUCAGUGAUAUCCGAAGGCUUCUUUUGUGAAGACAUGGAAGUUAUCUUCUCAGAAAAAUAUAACACAACUGAGCGGGAAACAUCUUAGAUCAUAAUCUGGAAAAGCUCGGGUGCUGAUGUCUUCUGCUGGCGCAGUUCACGUUUUUUCCGGGAUUUGCUUUUCGACAGAUAAGAGCCAUUUUUGGGGCAAAUAUUCGCAUUAGUUUGUUCAAAUAUUUGGCAUCGAUUGCUUCUUAGUUUUUCUCAUUUCAACUAUAAAGAUCUCUUGGAGAGAGUGUUACCUUCAAAAAACGAAAAGGUAAAGAAUAAUCGGAUGGGAAUACUUGUCAAUUUUUUCUGCCAAUAAAAUGGUAACUCCCUUGUUUCUAUUUA